AUAUUCGUCAAAAAUGUUCGGUAAAGCAACAAUCAUUAUUGCCACCUUGGCUCUCUUUUGUUUCCAUUCAGUGUAUAGCCAAGCUCCGGGAGGUAUGGGAGCUGGUCCUGGUGGAAUGAGUGGCGGUAUGGGUGGAAAUGUUGGUGGGUCCGGAGGAAUGGGCAUGCCCGGGGGACCAAGUGGCGGGCCAAAUGGUGGUGGGUCCGGUGGGAUGAGCAUGAGCGGCGGAAUGGGUGGUGGAAUGGGUGGCCCAUCAAAUCAGUGACCGCCGUAUGGUUGAUGUGAAAUUUGACACCGAUUGAUAAUGCUAAUUGUUUUAAAAAUACACAGAUUAUAGAAAAAUUUAACAAUAAAAUUGGUUUAAAAUAAUAA